AUGCACCAUGUCUUUGAGUUACAGAAUCGAUUUGCUAAUGUGACUCGUAUGCUCAUAUCCUCUGGUUUAAUGAUUCCGUGGACACAAUUAAGAAUUAUUUUUCUUAUUGCCUGGGCAGCAAUCAACCAUUUUAGCACCUGGCUUGCUUCUAGCCUCAGCAUAUUUUAUUUGCUCAAGAUAGCCUUUCUCCAACCUAUUUUUAUUCACCUAAGGAGGAGAGAGAAGAGUGCCAUUUUAGUGUCAUGGGUCCUAAGCACCAAGGUCUACAUGAACGCGUUGCAAGCUCUGGUCUCCAUUCUCUUGUUAUUUGCCAUGUCUUCUCCGUCUUUAAUUGUAUCUGUGGGCCUUCUAAUAGAAUGCUGA